UAUUAUCUUUUGAGAAGGGAGGCGCUGUGAUGUAUCUUCGCGCCCGAUUGGGCCAACUUGACAGUGAUUGACGUGCAGCCAUGGCAACCGGGCAGCCAAUCUGCCAAGUCCAAUAGGAAAUUAUCAGAGGGGCUUGACUAUCUUUUUCUCCCCCUUAAAAAAAUACACCUCCGCUCCGGCUCGAAUCCUCUCCUUCUCUCGAUCCCAGCCCACGUUGAUAAAUACAACGCUGCGCCGUCGUUCGUUCUCCGGUCCUUCCGAGCCUUUUGCCCACUAAGUUUAGCCAAAGCGAGGAUGCGGUAGGUUGCCCCCACCCUUUCGGCGACAUCGUUCCUCGUCAUCUUCCUCGGUUCGCUUCAACUUUGGGGAUUGCCUCGUUUUUUGUGUUUGAGUGGGUGUGUGUGCGUGCGUGCGUGCGUGCGCGCGCGCGUCUCGCAUUGCCUUGGCGCGCGUCAAGAAGCCGACGGAGACGACGUGGAGGAGAGAGAGGAGCUCUGAGGGGGAGACCCGGGAGAAGCCUCCAUGUUUCAGCUGCCCAUCUUGAAUUUCAGCCCCCAGCAGGUCGCCGGGGUGUGCGAGACUCUGGAGGAGAGCGGCGACGUGGGCCGCCUCGGCCGCUUCCUUUGGUCGCUGCCCGUGGCCCCGGCGGCCUGCGAGGUGCUCAACAAGAACGAGUCGGUGCUGCGGGCCCGGGCCGUGGUCGCUUUCCACACGGGCAAUUUCCGCGAACUCUACCACAUCCUGGAGAACAACAAGUUCACCAAGGAGUCGCACACCAAACUGCAGGCGCUGUGGCUGGAGGCGCACUACCAGGAGGCCGAGAAGCUACGGGGACGCCCGCUGGGGCCGGUGGACAAAUACAGGGUGCGGAAGAAGUUCCCGCUGCCCAGAACCAUUUGGGAUGGUGAGCAGAAAACCCACUGCUUCAAGGAGAGGACCAGGCACUUGUUAAGAGAAUGGUACUUGCAGGACCCCUACCCGAAUCCCAGCAAAAAACGGGAGCUUGCACAGGCUACCGGACUUACACCCACACAAGUCGGAAACUGGUUCAAAAACCGAAGACAAAGAGACAGAGCCGCGGCUGCCAAAAACAGGCUUCAGCAGCAGGUCCUGUCCGGGGGCUCUGUUCGCUCCCUGGCCGACGAGGACGGCACCGUGGACCGUCUGGGUAACGCGUCCAGUCCGGAGGCGAGCCUGUCCAGCAAAGCGGCGGCCUCGGCCAUCUCUAUCACCUCCAGCGACAGUGAAUGUGACAUCUGAGCGCUCUCCGGCUCAACUCUCCAUGAAUGGAAGCAGCGAAAGAAAAAAAAAAUAGUGGGCGAUUAACGAGGGAAAGACAAUCAAAUACAACGACUCAUAGUGCCUGCGUUGAGUUACACACAUGCACAUACAUAAGUACACGUGGAUUUUUGACGCCUGCCAAAUACAUGGAUCUGUGAGGCCUAUACUUUUAUUUGCAUUUGACCCACGGAGGACUGAUAACUUCCCCAUUGAGAUGGGAAAAAAAAACAGUAUAGCGAGCGCCUAUAUAACCUACUGUUUAUCCGUGGGUAUUUCAUGUUGAAAAGAACUGUGCUAUUUUUACGUUUCUUUCAAAAGUUUUAUAAAUAAUGCUUAUUUGCUUAUUUAAAA